UAUCUGUAUAUAUAUAGAAGAUAGAUAAAUUUCUUUUUGCUCGUAUACAGAGCGACUGAGGGUUGAGAUAUUACAAUUCAAUUUGGUUUGCCAAUGGAAGCAACCAUAAUAUAACCGGCAAAAACCAAUCUAUAUUUUUACGCUUGCGUUGUUUUUAACCUCAUAUAAUACAUAGGAAAAAAUAAUUAUUUGUGCAACAUGGGAGCCUAUUUGUCGCAGCCUAAGACGGAUAAAGCGUCUACAGAUGAAUUUAAUGAGCUGCUUGCUGUUGGAGCUAGCUCAAUGCAGGGAUGGCGGAACAGUCAAGAGGAUGCUCACAAUUCUAUUUUAAAUUUUGACAAUAAUACAUCGUUUUUUGCUGUGUAUGAUGGACACGGCGGAGCUGAGGUAGCCCAAUAUUGUGCCGAUAAGUUACCUGAGUUUCUCAAAAACCUUGAAGCUUAUAAAAAUGGACAACAUGAAGUGGCACUUAAAAAUGCAUUUUUGGAAUUUGAUAAAACUCUGCUUGAUCCAACCAUAGUCGGUAUACUAAAAAUAUUGGCCGGCGAACAUAACUUCGUAGAUGCUGAUCCGGAAGAUUACGAAGAUGAUGAAGAUUUAGCCGAGUUGCAAGAGGAGAGCAACUUGCCACUAAACGAAGUUUUGGAAAAAUACAAAGGCCUUCCGCAGACUCACGAUUUGUUCAUUAUGAAAUCGGGAAACGAAGCGAAUUUGAAAAUGCUUUCACCUUAUUUGCGUGGCCGUCGAGCUGCAGCUUUAGCUGCCGAAGCUGCAAAUAAAGCUGUAAUGGACCCCACAGCUAAGCCAGAAGGCUCUUCCACUUCAGCAGCGGCUGCAGCUGUUGUGACCGCCUUAGGUGUAGUUGACCAUCUUGGCCCUAGCUAUGAAAAGAGGGCAAUACAUGAUCCCAAAUAUGAAACAAUUGUGAGCAGUAUCAACAAUUCAUGCGUCAAUAAUGUUCCAUUUAAAAUUGAGUCUUGCAGUGAUCAAAUCGAGGAAAGUAAUGAGAUUUCUAAGACCGAGGUGGUCACUUCCUUGAAGCCCAAGAGUGAGAAAGACAACACCGCCGAAUCACAAAAAUUAGUCAUAUCUGAGCGUAACGACAUCAGCAAAAUAAAUCGGAAUGGGCAAUCCUCUAAAAACGAAAUAACAAUUUCAUCUACCACCAAAGGAUCUGAAAAAGUUUUUAAAAAAUGUAAUUCUCAAGAAGAUGAGUCUACAGACGAUGAUGCCGACUAUGAAGAAAAUUAUCUGGGUGAGAGUCCCGAUAUUUCAUCCGCAGAAAGCUCAGAUGAAGACAUUGAAGACUGUGUUGAAAAUGACGAUGAAGACGAUGGGAAUGAGGCUAGUGACGAAGAAGAGACGGAUGAAGAUCAGAUGGCUAAUGAUAAUUUUUGCGCAAAUAUGAUAGAAGAGCCUGGCAAAGAUAGUGGCUGUACAGCUGUUGUAUGCUUGUUGCAUGGUCGAGAUCUGUACGUGGCAAAUGCAGGAGACUCUCGUUGUGUUAUAUCCCGCAAUGGUAAAGCUAUUGAAAUGAGUCUUGAUCACAAGCCUGAAGAUGAAGAAGAAGCCUCGCGUAUUAUUAGGGCCGGUGGUCGCGUCACUCUUGAUGGCCGUGUAAAUGGCGGUUUAAAUUUGUCUCGAGCCCUGGGAGAUCACGCAUACAAAACAAAUCUUGAACUGCCAGCUGAGGAACAAAUGAUAUCUGCUUUACCUGACAUAAAGAAGUUAAUAAUCACGCCUGAGGAUGAGUUUAUGGUAUUGGCCUGUGAUGGUAUAUGGAACUAUAUGUCCAGUAAGGAAGUCGUUGAUUUUGUACGGUUCAGAUUAAAAGAUGAAAGCAAGAAAUUGUCAAGCAUUUGUGAAGAGCUUUUUGAUAACUGUUUGGCACCCAAUACAAUGGGUGAUGGAACUGGAUGCGACAACAUGACUGCUGUGAUUGUUAAGUUCAAGAAAAAGUUACAAGAACUAGAAGCAACCAUUCAUCCAACCGAAUUUGAAAAAGUUCCAGACGUUCAUACUGAUCAGAGUGCGAUUAAGCGGCCCGCUUCGCCAGAUACCACUGCUACAGAUCCAAGUCUAGAAAAGUUUAAACGACUAAAAACUGAUAUGGAAUCAACAGCCAAUAUAAGUAACACAGUAACGAAUGAAUGCCCUAGCAUGAAUACGAGUAACGAGUCGCUAUAGAUGUCUUCUGCGCAAUUUUAGACAUUCGUGCAUUUUAACCGUAAAAAUAGUAUCUCAUAGAGUCAAAUUUGAAAACUGGAAAUAUAUUUCAAAAAACUAUUGAUUGAAA